GACGCUCGUCGGCGGGGAGAGAGGAGGAACUGGGGAGGGAAAAAAAUUUACACUAAAAUGGCUUCCUUUUCUCUGGAGGAAGGGGCACAAACAGAGAACAGCCCGGAGAAGUUGUCUCCGGAGUCCGGGAAGCUGAAAGAAGAGAAGGCGGAGGUUGAUGAUGUUUCGGAGCAACUGCUGCAAACUUUCCAGAGUUCGGCGCUCAGCUUCUCCACGGAGCAAGUGGCGUGUGUCUGCGAGGCGCUGCUGCAGGCGGGCAACGUGGACCGCCUGGGUCGGUUCCUCUCCACCAUCCCUUCGUCGGCCGACCUGCUACGUGGCAACGAGACCCUGCUGAAGGCCCAGGCGCUGGUCUCCUUCCACCGGGAGGAAUUCAAAGAGCUGUACGCCAUACUGGAGAGCCGCGACUUCCACCCGAGCAACCAUGGGUUCCUGCAGGACCUGUACUUGCGGGCGCGGUAUAAAGAGGCGGAGAGGUCCCGGGGUCGCAGCCUGGGAGCCGUGGACAAAUACAGGCUGCGCAAGAAGUUCCCACUGCCCAAGACGAUAUGGGACGGAGAGGAGACUGUGUACUGCUUCAAAGAGAAGUCCCGCAACGCCCUGAAGGAGUGCUACACCAGCAACAGGUACCCGACUCCGGAUGAGAAGCGGCACUUGGCCAAGAUCACCGGGCUCUCGCUCACCCAGGUCAGCAACUGGUUCAAGAACCGCCGGCAGAGAGACCGGACCCCAUCCGGCACCAACAGCAAAAGUGAGUCGGAUGGCAAUCACAGCACAGAGGAUGAGUCCAGUAGGUGUGGUCUUGACGACAUUGCCGUAACAUCCAUGUCUCAGGAAGACCCUGGCUGCCAGACCGCAUCAGUCAUAUCAAUCUCUAGUGCCCCCUGCAGCACAGGAGGCCAGUUACUUCUCAAUGGUACAGGGAGCUUCAUCACUGCCCCACAUCCACUGCUCCUCAAUGGAAGUUCCCUGCUCUCGGGAACUGGAGGCGGGGUCAUCAUUAAUGGGCUGACACUGGGAGACGGCCACACCAUCACCCUGAGCUCGGUUGCUACCAACUCCUCUCUUCUUCUUAAUGGGGCUCAGGUUAUAUCCAAACCGUCUGCCUGUGUGGAUUUGGGCCUGGAGGAGCCGGCAGUUAACCCACUGCAAGCGCAGGCCAGUCUGCCUGCCAUCGUACUCAACAGUGGCAACGGUUCCAGCACAACCAUCUCUCUCCCAUUGCCUACCGAUGCCAAGGCGGCUGAAGGCGCCGUUCCUUCUGUUCAGCCCACCGUAGACUUCCUCAACUCCCUUCCCAUUCAGGAAGGCCGUAAAGCAGAAGACACUCAAGCCUUAUCUCCGAAUUCCUUGUCCCCCUCCUCUUCCUCCUCGUCCUCUUCCAACCUGUCCUCCCCUAGCUCUCUCCCAUCCCUGGUUUUUGCCCAGAAAUGUAAACUCCCGGAAACUCAAUCCAUCCAAAGCACUGUGUCCCAGCCGGGCCUAAUCCACUCCAGUCAGGUGGUCCCUCUCUGCACCCAGCAGCCAGAAAUCGUGGUGCUCGCCUCCACUGCCUCGCAGCUGACCUCCAGUGGUCAGGUCUGCCAGGUGGUGUCGUCCGCAUCAGCCUCCUCAUCCCCACAGGUGCUCUCCCUGCCUCAGGUGGUCCCAUCGAUCCAGGGCAUCCCCGUGUCACAGCUGGUGCAGCACGCCGGCCCCCAGGUCUCCCCCUGUUCGCAGCUGGUCCCAGUAUCUCCCCUUUCCUCCCAGCUCCCCCAAGCUUCUAUUCCCAGUUUCCCAGCCCAGACGUUUCACAUCAGCCCCAGUCUCGUACAGCCCCAGCAGCCGGCCGGUUCCCCUGCGCUUGGCGACGGCGGCGUCACCAUCCCUCUGACGGCCACUCAGCCGGGUCUGACCCUCCAGCUGGGUGACCAGGUGGCCUCCACGUCCGCACUCCCCCAAGCACAGGCCCUCCAGAUACCCGGCGCCCAAGUGAUCCCCAUAUCCUCACCCACGCAGGUCGUCCCCAUCUCCCAAGCAGGGCUGACCGCUACAUCCCAGCUCGUCUCGUUACCCCAGCUCCUCCCAGUGACCUCCAUGGCCGCAGUUACCCCAGGACCCCUUUCCUUUUCACAGGUGGUCCCUACUGCCCCCUCCCUCUCGCUCUCCUCCCCAGGAGGCACCAUUCAGAUCCUCGCCUCCCGCACUGGCGCAGGUGCGGGCGUCACCCAGGGAACCUUUAGAGUUGGCCAGCAGCUGCAGAGCCUGUCGACCCCAGCCAGUGGCGCUGCUGGGGUCCAGCUACUGAGUUCCGGAGUAUUUCAGCUUCCCAAAACUCCUCCAGCUGGGAACCUCCUCCUCGCUGGUGGUAUGACUGGAACCCCCAUCCUGACCGGGUUAAGCAUCCAGCAGGGAAAAUUGAUCCUGACGUUACCUGCUGGGGUUCAGCUCGCCAACCUGCCUGGCAAACCUGCCCCAGAGGGCCCCGCGCCCACCAACGGGGGCAUCGCACUUGCGCCCGUCAUCUCCCUUGCGCCCACCGCCCUCUCAUCCACCAGCUCCUUCGAGUCUCCGGAAGGCCCGCUAGGUUUAGUUGGCUCUUCCGCGCUCUACUCCGGCCCCGGCCAGGGUUCCUCGUCUGCCUUGGCCUCGGAGAUCGCCCCGCACAGCCCGGCCGGCGGCGUCACCCCCCCGCAGCCUGCACAUAGCCCGAAGAGCAUUCUGACACUCAGCCCCAGUAUGCCUAUCGCCUCUGAGCUGCCCCCGUCCACCUGGAGCCCCGUGUCCCUCUCUGCGUCCACAGGCCUGGCUCUGUUUGACGUCCGGGGGAAGGGGGACCUUCCCCAGGACUCGGCUCUGCUCGCCCUUCCUGUUGGUGAGGGCCUCCUUCUCCACACCCCAUCUCCUGACCAGGAGGCGGGCGGUACGUCGCAACUGGACGACCCAGAGGACAUGGACCAGGACCCCAAAAUCCUAACACAGCUCCAGUCCGUACCCGUGGAUGAGGACCUAGGUUUGUAAUGAGCGUGUCGUAACCCGGGUCUUCUCCAUUGGAUCUGUACAGUUCCAAACCCGAAACACUCCCAGAUUCACCAUCGCCGUGUUUAAGGGAUCUUCUGCGGCCACGAAGUGUCCAGAUAAUGGUCAGAGCGUGAGGGGUUUGUAAUGGAGAAUGACCAUUGGCUGGAGAGCGUGUGCUGCCCCCUAGCUGCGGAGCUGUCGGCAUUAGACGAGGCCAGUGUGGCCUUGUCAGCUGUUGCCUGUUCCGGCCUCAGGAACUCAACUUCCCAGCUAAGCGCAAACAUCCAUAGGGGAAUUCCGGCCCUCCGUCAGCAUGCUUUAAUGAUGACAUCACACAGUGCCUCUUGGCUGGUCGUCCCGCCAGCCUGAUGAUCUCUGCCCCGGCAAGGUCUUGUAAAGAAAAGCACUGUCAGCAUUGCCAUGGUAACCAAGACAUUAACAUGUAAAAGUAUUUUACAUAAUCAUAAAAAAACCACAGGUUAUUGUGUUAAUGCUGAUAGUCCAUGUAUAGGUUUGCAAAUGUAUACAAAUGUGUUCUAUUGGGAUCUUAUUUCAUUAUGCAAAGAAAGUUAUAAAACGUAUAUUAAGCAUAUUAACUGCUAAUUUAGUUGAUUAAAUAUUCAGUGUCGUGUUACACAUAAUUUGCAUGAAUGAAUUGUGUGCAUUACAUAAUGAAAUAAGAUCCAACAGGAUGAAAAAGAGAGAUGUAUGAAUGCGUUAUAGGGCUGUCGGCGCAACAUAGGUGGAAGUUGGUGUUUAAUGUCUUGUAUGCAGUGGUGUCGACCGUAUAAGCACACAAGCACAAAGCAGACUGACUUAUCUUACGAUCUUCCUCCAUGUCCAAGUGCUUUUAACUCUUAUUUAAGUUCCCCAGCCUCAAAGAGCACCACACUACACACAAAGGCUACUCUAAGCUGGUUUUCCGAAUGUUAAAUCGGCUAUUGGACACAACAUUUGCUGACAUACUGACUUAGUCUUUCUGUUAACACUAAUAUUUAACAGUUGUGAGAGCGUCCCCACAUAACUUAGUUUAGACGUCAUUAUCGCCGCUUCAUUUGGCCCUUUGCAGCCUGACGAGAAAUGCCGACUGACCCCUGCCAUGUCGGUCUCUUAACCAGGAGAACAUAGACAGUGUGUUGUUUUUGUAGUGUUUUACAUGCCUGUCAUGAUUUGGUUAUGAGUUUAAAUUUCGGUCAAGAAGUCUUAGACUGCAUUACGGAGCUGGUUGUACCGUAAAUGUUUUAACCACCGGAAAUUUAUGCUAGAGGCUGUGAUAUCUCCAGUUGGUACAUUUGGGAUCUUAAUUCUGUAAAUUUUAUUGACUUUUUGGUUAAAAGGUCAGACAAACAGGAACACUUUAACUGAUAAAGUAUUUUUUUUGUUACACUAUGCAAUCAAACACUUCAGAUUUAGGUUUUUUUUAAUCAUCUUUAUUUAUAUAUAUAAAUAUAGCAUUACUUUCUAAUUACUUUAUUUGUGUAAAAAAACAAAAAAAACAUUGAACCGAAGUAGCAUGCAAUGUUUUGUUUUGAGCGUUUUGUUUGUGGGUUGUUGCAGUUUUUUUUUUUUUGUUUUUUUUUUUUGUUAAUGUUUAGUCUUAUUUUUUCGUUGAGUGAUUUACGUUUUGUUUCUGUAAAGAUGUAUUUCCAGACGUCAACAUUCACACCUGAUAUCUGCUCCGGAAACCUGAAAUAGCCAGACUUAAAAGAUCACUCCAUUUUGUUUGGGGCCGCCACCCGAAAUGUUUGAUGCUGAGGUACAAUUUUGCAUUAAUUUUGUGAAAAUGAUUAUAUGCUCUACGCAUCUGGCAGUCUGAGUUUCUGCAGGAAUUUUUUUUUUUCCCUCCUGUAAUGGUACCUUUAAUCACUGUAAUCCAGGCUAUUGUAAUAAUAAUAAUAAUCACUGAGGAUCUCAUGAUUUAAUAAUUUUAUAAUUAUUUUUACUGGUGAGCAGAAAUACUCUAUCGAUAGUGCUUCGGAGUGGAGUUAGCACUGAUUGCUGUUACAGGUGGUCUUUCUGCCAAAUUUUACACCGGCAGGGCACCAGGUUUCCAGUUCAUGAAGGCUCGUCUGCAGGACAGCAGAGUGAUUGUGUAACGGUUCACAAGCAGCGAAGGACACUUUCAUUCUGUUGAAGUUACACUUAAAUCAUGCUCUGGUGGCUAAAAUAUAUGUUUUAUAUACUUAUAAAUGGCUUCAGUUGGACGUUACCGUUUACGGUUAUAGGAUUUUUUUUUUUUUUUUUUCCUGGCUGUUCGGGGGAGUUUUGUGUUGAGACUGAGGGACAGUUGCACUGACCCUCCUGUACAAGAAGUUGGUGUUAUUAAUUCUGCUUCAUCACUGCUGCUGUCAUUGUUCUCUUGUGCUGAUCAUAUUCUAGAUUCUAGAUAUUCUAUGCUAGAUUUCUGCCUGCCUUAACAUCUUGCAGUCUGAGAGGUACACUUGGUCUGGCAUUCUCUUGUAGUUGUCCAUACGUUAAAUUUUUUUUUUUUUUUUAUACCAUUUUAUGGGUCCGUAGCUUUGUGAGGAACGUCUUCUGAGUUGCUUUGAGAAAGUAACUUUCCAUGAACUCUUGCACUUGACUGAACCUUUCCCUCCCAAUCAGUAUGAAAUCUUGAUUGAAUGCAUGGAGGUUUCCACUGUUUUUAUAGUGUGUGGUUUUUUUUUUUUUUUUUGGGGGGUUUCAAACAUUUCAAAUGAAUCACUUUUAAAUUACUGGCCUGGACAUAGAAAACGAGUUCUCUGCAUUUCAGAGAAUGUUACUUGGCCUUCAGGUUGAAGGGAAUCCAUCCUCAUUGUCUGCCUGCACUAUGAUGACGUCACCUGAUGCUCUCGUACUGGGGCGUACAGGCUGUGGCGCAGUUUGAAUCAUGUCGUCGAUUAUAAAUGAUCUAGAUUGAGUUGGGCAGAGAAAGUGAGCUUGCUAAAAUAGAAGCCUUUUGUGUUUUUAAAGUCCUAUUGAUUGAUCUAUUUCAACCAGUACUGGGUCUCAGUUGUGAUGUCGCUUGUCAGAUUUUAAACAUUUGGAGGGAGUCGCACAGAAGGAGGAACCUAAGAGACUUAUUUUUGCUACACUGUCGACUGACAUAAAUCAGUUCGGAGAGCAUCUGUCUGGCUCUUGGUCGCUCUUGAAUCUCUGCCAGUGUUACUGUGCCUGUGUCUAACCUCUUCCACUGCAUCCUCAGAAUUGGCCUCCGCUUUGGAAGUAUUACAAUCCCUCAGGAUGAUCUCUGACUAAAAGUAGGCGCUCGAUAGAAACUACACCUAUUCUGUUAAACUAACUUUAAGCAUUUAUAUGCACGCAUAUAUAAAUAUAUAUUCUAAAUAGGACUUAAAGUUGUUUAGGAAUUCUUUACCAAAGGUUUGUAUUCUGUGAAUUGUGUAUUUUUAUUAUUAUUAUUAUUUUUUUAUUUUUUUUGAACUUGUAUUGGUGUUCAGGUGUGUGUGUGUGUGGGGGGUGUCUGCUGUGUCAUGUACAAACAUUGUGUUUAAGCUGUGCACACUAUUUGUAGAUCAAGGGAAUACAUGUGUCUGUCUGUGUCCGUGUGCAUUGGGGGGGGACAUUCUCCCAAUGAUGGAAGCUGUUACAGUUAAAUGUACCUGCCUGUCAUGUUCUUACACGCGAUGUCAUUGGUGCGCUUGUGCUCCUCCCCCGGGAUCCUCUGGUGUCAUUGGUGUUUCUUUGGAUUACCUCUGCUCCCACUUCCACACCACACAUCCGCAAACACAGCCGUUUGUAACCAAAGCUUUAGUAGAGGGAUGUAUUUAAACACAAUUGGUUUCAAGGUGGAGAACACCUCAUUUUUUAAUACAUUUUUGUACUUAAAGGUAUUAUUUUUAUAAACCAUUUAAUUGAUAUUGUAAUAAACAUUUAAAAUGAA